CGCGGAGCGCGGACCUUUCGCGCGCCGAGUGUCUAUUGGCUGAGCGUCCGGACUGGGCAAAGCCACGCCCCUUGGCGGGUUCUCCGGGGCUGUGGGCUGGAGACUGCUCGGGAGGUCAUCAUGAAGAAGCUACGAGCAUCUGUCAGGAGUCACAGAAAGCAACCAGCCAACCCCAAGAAAAGGGGAAAAUGUGCCCGCAGUAGCAGCCAGGCCAAGCUUUCUGCCCCUGAUGGCCAGGCCAAGCAGAAGGAUGAAGAAUUCCUGCAGACCUCUGUCUGCCCAUACCAUCUGUUCAGAGACAUGACUGAUGUCAUGACGUUCCGAAGGAACUUGCUCAGCUGGUAUGACCAAGAGAAGCGGGACCUGCCUUGGAGAAGAUGGGUAGAGGAGGAAGCCAACGUGGACAGGCGGGCCUAUGCUGUAUGGGUGUCAGAGGUUAUGCUGCAGCAGACCCAGGUUGCUACGGUGAUCGACUAUUAUACACGAUGGAUGCAGAAGUGGCCAACGCUUCAGGACCUGGCCAGUGCUUCCCUGGAGGAGGUGAACCAGCUCUGGUCUGGCCUGGGCUACUAUUCUCGAGGCCGUCGGCUGCAGGAGGGAGCUAGGAAGGUGGUAGAGGAGCUAGGCGGUCAUGUGCCACGAACAGCAGAGACCCUGCAGCAGCUCCUUCCUGGUGUGGGGCGCUACACAGCUGGAGCCAUUGCUUCCAUUGCCUUUGGCCAGGUAACUGGUGUGCUGGAUGGGAAUGUCUUACGGGUGCUGUGCCGAGUCCGCGCCAUUGGUGCUGAUCCCAGUAGCUCCGUUGUCUCUGGUCAUCUCUGGAGCCUAGCCCAUCAACUCGUGGAUCCAGCCCGGCCUGGGGACUUCAAUCAAGCAGCCAUGGAGCUGGGGGCCACAGUGUGUACACCACAGCACCCUCUCUGCAGCCAGUGCCCUGUGCAGAGCCUAUGCCAGGCGUACCAGAGGGUGGAGCGGGAAAAGCUCUCUGCCUUGCCAGGCAGUCCUGACGUAGAGGAGUGUGCUCUCAAGACUAGCCAGUGCCAGCUUUGCCUGCCUUCCACAAAACCCUGGGACCCCUCUCUGGGAGUGGCCAACUUUCCUCGCAAGGCCAGCCGCAGGCCUCCCAGGGAGGAGCACUCUGCCACUUGUGUUGUGGAGCAGCCCAGGACCAGCGGGAGUCCCCUCAUUCUGCUGGUGCAGAGGCCUGACUCAGGUCUGCUGGCUGGACUCUGGGAGUUUCCAUCUGUCACCCUGGAGCCCUCAGGCCAGCAUCAGUACAAAGCCCUUCUGCGGGAACUGCAGAGCUGGUCCGGACCCCUCCCCACCACUCGUCCCCAGCACCUGGGAGAGGUGAUCCACGUCUUCUCUCACAUCAAACUGACAUAUCAAGUAUAUAGUCUGUCCCUAGAGGGACAGACCCCAGCGACCCCUGCACCUCCUGGUGCUCGAUGGUUGACUUGGGAGGAAUUCCACAAUGCAGCUGUCUCCACUGCCAUGAAAAAGGUAUUCCGCAUGUAUGAAGACCAUCGGCGAGGCACCUGCAGGGGUUCUAAAAGGUCCCGCGUGUCUACUCCAUCAAGCCGGAAAAAACCCAGCCGGGGGCAGCAAGUCCUGGAUAGUUUCUUUCAGCCUAAUAUUCCCACAGACACACCCAACAGUACGGCCCAGUGAUACCUCUGGGAGGCCCACCCCAAAUCCAGUCUAAUAAAAUACUUAUUUCUGUAGUCCUUUUGGAGAACGUUCUACACUUUCUCUAGUCCCUUCACUUACUUUUGCGAGGCUCAGAAAA